AUCCGCACGCGACCUGCAUCGUCAUCCGAUCAUACCAGAUUAAUCUCAACUUCACACCACACACUACCACCACCACUUACAGCCAUGGCUCAAAAAGCCGCCAAAACCCUCGCUGCGCGCAACGCGUCCCUCCUCACCCGCACCCAUCUCAUCAGUGCCGCCCUGCACAUCCUCUUCCUAACCCUCCACUGGCUCUUCAACCGCCCCCGCUCCCUAACACCCUACUUCACACUCGCCUGCCCGACCCUUCUCAUCGAAUUCUACCUUGAACGCCUCGGCCGCCCGGUCUACAACCCCGCUGAUGGAUCCCUCCGCUCUCCCGGCGAGGAUCUCGGCGCCGCAGGACUAACGGAAUACAUGUGGGACGUGCUGUACUGGACGUGGGGAUGUCUUGGAGCUGCCUGCUUGUUUGGGGACCGUGCUUGGUGGUUGUGGAUUGUUGUGCCGGUGUAUUCGGUCUGGCUGGCGUAUAGUACCUUUAUGGGGAUGAAGAGUGGGUUGGCGGGUAUGGGAGGUGCGGGUGCUGGGCAGGAGCAGGGAGGUGGUGCGGCGGAGAGUAAGAGGCAGAAGAAGAUGGAGAAGAGGGGUGCUAGGGGGGUGCAGUAUCGGUGAGAUGGUCUUCGGAGGGGUGGGUUGUUAUUUUGG